AUGUCCUUUCGUGAUUGCAUCGUCACUCGACAGCCCAUAUCAUGCAAAAACGCAGCAACUGAGGCAGCUCCACAAGCACAGGCAGCUGCACUCCCUCUGAGUCCCGCAAGUUCCUGUCAUGGAGAGGUCUUCCAUAGCCCCCGCAGCGUUGUAGGAGCCAACGAAACAGCGGCAGAGGGCUCGGCCUCCGUUGCUGUUCCACCCGAGUCCGUGAACUCCUCUCGAGAUAAUGGAGAGGGAAGCACUACUUCUGAAUUGCCAAGGGGCAGGGCAGGACCAUCCCAGAACGCAUGCUGUGACAACGGAGACCUUCUGCAAGCUGCGCCACACAGGCCGAGUUCGCACGCAGCUUCUGUUACUGCUUCUGCUGCUGCCUCUGUGCGCAGUGGAGGGAUUGCAAGAGGAAGCAAGUUCAGCCACCGUAUUAUCAACGCAUCCGCUCCCAUUGCAUUCACAAAGACAUUCUGCUCGGCGGGGCAGUGGGGUGCAUACACACGCAACCCGCAAGGCUACUUGAACGCUGAAGCCGUGCAAGCUGCUGCCGUUGCUGCAGCUGCAGCAGGAGACGGGAGUUUCGCCAAUCCCAAGCACUCAACAGAGACGGAAACCUCCCAGCUGUAUAAAGAUACGUGGGGAAACGGGAGUGUCUGUGCAGCACAACAGGCACGCAGACCGAGCGAGACGCAGAGAGAAGGUUCGGCGCAUUCACCUAUUAUGCCUCGCCGCAUCUCCACACAAACAAUGAGGAACACAGGAGAGGAUAACAACGCGAGAAGGGGAGCAGCGGGAGGGGCACUGCAGGCCAAUUCUUCUUCACCUGUUAGGCAGAGCACGCGGACUAGUGCUUCUACGCGGCCUAUUCUAGGGUCUUGGCUUUUUGGGGGUUCGGGGUCUUCAACAGAACUCGAACGGCUGCUCAAGGAGGAGAAUGAUAUAGCAGAAACAGCAGCAGCCAGAAGUGAAUUGGCAGCCACGAGGUUGCUGCAAGAAGACAUGGAGGCAAUGAUAGCCAACUUGCAACAAGUGAAGACAUUUCUUGUUUCGAAGCUGCGAGAGUGCGAGACGGCGCUGCUGACAACGGCGCAGGAGAGAGAUGACUUGGAGGCCACUCUGCAGCAGAUUCAAGGCGGAAUUCAAGACAGCGUUGCAGAGCACAGACGACAGGCCGAGGAAUGCAAAGAAAAACUUGCACACAAGGAGAAAGAGGUGGAGGAUCUGAGGGCGCAGCUGGAACAGGCAACUGCAGAGGCGGUGAAUUUGAGGAAAGAAAAUGAAUUGCUCAAGGCGGAAGUUAACGUAGCGCGAGUUGAGGCAGCGGACGUGGCUGCUGCUGACGGCUUCCGCAUCGAAGAGUACCGGCUGGCGCUGAAGACUCUGAUGGAGCGAGACAAGGCCCAACGGCGCGAGCUGAAACGGCUCCGAGGCCAGCUGAUUAAAACGCGUGAGGAUUUCGCAAGCGCUCUGGCACGCGUAGACGAGCUGGAGACUCUAGAGGAAUUUAGAAAGUCGCAGAUGAAUUCAGACGAAACAGCAGCAGCUGCUGCCGCUCAACAGACAUCCCCCUGGAGUGGUCGCAGCACCGGGGACCCCCAAAGGAGCCCCGAGGGGCCCGGAGGUCAUUCCAGCAGCAGCGCGACGCCGCCCGAUGAGUGUAGCGCCCCCGCUUCGAGGCAGAAGCACACAGAUGUGCAGACAGACGGGGGGGAAGAGUGCAGUGUAAGCAGCCGUGAUGCAGACAGUGCGAGGAGAAGAUCAGAAGACGCAAGCGGAACCUCGUGCCAGCCCAGCUGUAAAGACAGGAACAGCGACAAGCCGAGCUCGCCGAGUGGACGGGUGUUGGGGAGGAGUGUGAAGGGUUUUCUGGCCUCGGGCGUAACGCAGCUGCUGCAGCGCAUAGAGAAUGUCAUCUCAACGGACAGAGAACACCCUGAGCUGUCUACAGACCGUGAAUCGCAGGCAAGUGCCGAUACCCCUCCUGAAGUAGAACGGAGCCUGCAUGAGGAGGCGGAGCUAUUCCUGCAGCGCACCCUCCCCAACAGCGACCUGAUAGUGCACCUUGAAGGCGGCCAGGAUGGGGAGUCGGAGGAAGACGAUACCGCCUUCAGCCAAGAAGGAGACGCAGGAACUCUAAAGAACGUGGCACGCAGCGUGUGGCAGGCAGCCCACGAGCUUCUUGCCGAUCGAGCAAUGCCCCCAGCCAGACUCUCCACUCUGCGAACAGUAGCGGCCGGUAACCCCUCAGCCUGGGAGGUGCUACGGGAGCGCCACCGGGCAGCAAAGUCGAUGCCGCUUUUCAGCAGCAUCCCGCCUGCUGCUUACCCCUUGAUGACUCAGGCAAGCGAGAGCCCUCAAGGUUGGCGGUCAACAACAGGCGGAAAGAUGGGGAGCGGGCCCUCCUCCUCCUCUCGGGCCGCAACAGUUUCACGGCGCAGGGGCCAUGCAGGUGCUGCCAGUCCAGGCGCUCUAAACUUGCGUUCUUUGGGGAGAACCGAACGCGGGCGCAAAUCGGCAUCGCCACAGGCCUGCAUGACAGUGGAGUUGCCGUCGGAGGUGCCGGUGUGUAGCUCAGAAGUUCAUAGUGAUGUCGCAGAAGAUUUAGAAGGGAGCGGUGAGCCCCCAGCAGGAACUCAGCAGGAAACCCCUCCAGCAAGGGAGACGGACGCAGAGACCCCAACGGCGACCGAGCAUGGAGCUGCUCCUGGUGCAGCACAAGAGAAGAUGCAGCAGCCAUCGACCCCGUCAGAAGCAGCAGACGAGCCAGAAGCAAACGGUGGCUGCCCCGAAACCCCAAAGCCGAAGGAAUCCGAUGAUGCAGCGCAGCCAGAGGCUGCAGAUGCUGCAGCAGAGGGCCCGCCGCUGAAGGAUGAUGGGGUUUGA